CGCUAAUUGUGUUUUGAAGAUAACCAGCGCUAAACAGGUUUUGUGUUUGAGUUAAUUAGCAUAAAGAAAAUGAAUUUAAAAUGCCACAUUAUUACAAGAUUGCCUAUUAUGUUAAGUAGUCGAUUAAUCACUGUACCUAAAUAUGAAAUAAAAAUGUAUUCUGGAUAUUCAUUCUUUUCCACUCAAUCAUCAUUUGGCCAGAAUAAUGUUAUAGACGACGUACAACUUCGAUCUACAAAUCAAGUAUCUACCACAGAAACAGAUGAUGUUCGCAGAGCUCGUUUAUUAUAUCAAAGUAGAAAGCGUGGAAAUUUGGAAAAUGGAAUUCUGUUAAGUACAUUCGCUGCUAAAUACCUGAAUUCAAUGACUCAUGAACAACUUAUAGCAUAUGAUAGUUUAAUCAAUCUACCAGACAAUGAAUGGGAUAUUUACUAUUGGAUUACAAAGGCAAAAGAAGCCCCGAAAUAUUUUCAAACAGAUAUAUUACAACUUCUUCAAGAACAUUGUCAAAACAAUAAGAACGAACUACGAAAUGAACAGCCUAGUUUAUAUUAAUUAUGCUUUAUGCAAAAAAACAAGUUGAAUAGUUUUAUUUUUUCUUUCACUAGAAACUUUCGUCUCUUUUUUUUCUCUCUCACACUUUCUCAGUUCAGUAAUUAUGUUUUGAUCAUCUAAAAUUUUAUUCCGUUCAAAUUGGAUCUAGUUCUUUUUGUUUCAUGGAUAUUUGUAUAAAAUGAAUACAUUUUCAACUUUAUUUUCCUUUCUUAUGUAUGUAAAUAUUGUUGAAUCCCUCUACAUUGCAAAAUCAAUUUAUAAUAUUUCCCUAGAGGUAAAUGAUUAAUAAUAAAAUUUCUUUAAA